CGUUUUCCCAAACCCAUUCAUUUUCGAAUUUCUUGGGUUAUUUUCAUGAAUUCAGUAUUUAUUUUGCAAAUCACCGAAUGCUUGUGCCUUGUGGAAUAUAUUUUAUUUAGAAUUGUUAAAACAAUAAAAUUUCAAUGUUCGACGUUUUGCAAAACUUGGCUGGAUUGCCUGAUCCUGCGUGUGUUGCUACCGUGAAAUUAUCGCUUGCGCCUUUUCUUCACUGAUCUGCGCAGAUGCAAAUCAUGCAGCUGAUCAGAAUGAACGUCACUUUUUCCAAACCCAUUCAUUUCAAAUUUCCUUCUUUAUUUUUUUGAAUUCGUUUUGCAUUUCACCGAAUGUUUGUGGAUUACUUGAGUUUAAAUUUUUUAAAAAGUUAAUAAAAUCGCCAUUGGACUUUGUACUUGUCCUGCCAGUGGAUUAUUUUAAUUUAUUUCGCGAAUUGUGCAUUCUUCCUGGACAGUCUUCCCGAAUUAUUCCCCCAGCAUGCCCGAGAACACUCCCCCACCCUCCCUCCGCACCGCCACCGCCGCCGACCGUCCCUACGCCGGCAUCCUCUCCCAAUCCAGCCCGGCCACCGUGGACUUCAUCCUGGACAUGUACGAACAGGAAGACCGUCGCCGUGAGCUGGAAGAGCGCAAACGCCUCCUGGAAGCCCGUCUCCUGGAGCUCAGUGAACGCCUCCGCGAGCUGGAACAGCUCAAAGCCAAGCUGCAGCGUGAACGCGACACCCUGGAACGGGAGUGCCAGGAUAUGGAGGCCCGCGUGGAUCAUCUGGAGCAGCUGGUGCAGGAGGCGCAGCAGGAAGGGGAGCCUCUGUCGGAGAACGGAGAUAAUGGUCCUGAAUGGCCGGAUGCAGAGGAGGCGCUGUAAGAUGGUGCGCAGAAUGCAGGAUCGGUUUGUGGUUGACUGUGAUAUUAGAAUUCGGCUUGGGGAUUUUAAGGGAUAGGAUGGCUAUUGGUUCUUUAUUUUUCGGAGGCUGUUUUUUCAGUUUCUCGCGUUUUUAUUCUCUCAACGUGUCCAGCGGGUAUUUUCUCUUGUAUUUGUGCCAGUUGACUGUUUCUCAUAAUUUUGCCGGGUUUUAAAUGUUGAUUACGGCUUGAUGCUGAAUCUGUAUGUUUUUUCAUGAGCUUGAAUUAAAGUCGUAUUUUUAUAA